AUGUGCGACGCCAACGUCAGCGAUCCGGACUUCAUUGCCGAUCAGCAGAGCGAGUUGGAAGAACCCGGCAUUGACAGCAGCUUUCUGACAGCUCAUUUGUUUGAAUACCUGAAGGCUUCCACGGCUUCCACACCUCAAUUCCCCAAAGUCCUCACGCUCGACAUCAGCGGUCACAAGUUCAAGGUUUCCCGUGACAUUCUCGAGGCGGGAUCAGGACUGUUCGCGCUCCAGCUCUCUGAUAACUUCACCUGGGAACCUCAGGCUGAUGGCUCUUACUUCAUGGAUGCCGAUCCUGAGCUCUUCGAACAUCUGAUCCGGUUCAUGCGCAGGCCCGAAUCGUAUCCGCUGUUCUACGAUCAGGCCAAGGGCUUUGACUAUGACUUGUACCGCCGGUUGGAGGCUGAGGCCGAGUACUUUCAGAUUAAUUUGUUGACUGAGUGGAUCAAGAGUGAGAAGUACCUGGAAGCAGUCAAGACGAUUACUACCGCUGUUUCUUCACGCGUCAUCAGCGACACCAGCUUGCUUACGAUGGACCACGCACCACUUUCUCAGAAUAGGAGUCAGGAGUAUCAUUUCAUUCCGCGUAUCAUCAAGUCAUAUGUAUGUCCUCGCAAUAUCGUGGUCCAUAUGGGUCAAAAGGACAGGUGCGGCAUGGCUUGCAACAAGGCAAGGGGUGAUUUGCCUGAUGCGUAUGAGGAGAAGUAUUACACCCAAGUCAUCGUUGUCAACAAGCAAGUAAUCUUCGAUCGGGCAAUCUGCCAGGUUGAGUGA